AUGCUCGCUGAUUUUAUAUGGCGUGAUACUACCCGGACUAAUCUUUNUUACCCAAGUGCAAAAAGGUUUUUGACAUUAAGUAAUAGAUUACGUGAAGAAAUCUAUAAUGAUACUCGUAAAAUUGUGAAAACGAUUGGAAUUCAUGAAGAACAAUCAUCUUCAUCAUCUACAACAACAACUACAAAGACUGUGGAAAAUGGAAGAAAGAAAAAGAAGAAAGAUUUUAUUCCACCUGGUAAUGUUAUGGAAGAAUUUGCAGGAAAUAUCGAUGAAGACGAUGAUGAUGAUUGUGAUGAAGUCGAUCGAUAUAUUAACACCAAACUUCCAUUUUCGAAAGAUGGAUCAUUAUUGGGAUGUUGA